AUGACACCUCGCCCCGAGACAUACACCAUUGCGCCGAACAGCGGCAACGCGCUCGUGGUCUCGCGGCUCAUCACGGGCCUCUGGCAGCUUGCCGGCGGACACGGACAAGUCGAUGUCGCCGCGUGCACCCAGUCAAUGAACGAAUACGUGGACGCUGGGUUGACGACCUUUGACAUGGCUGAUCACUACGGUCCCGCCGAGCAAGUCAUCGGCGCCUACCAUACCUCUGGCAAGAGUGGAAUCACAGCGCUGACCAAGUGGUGCCCGAAGCCCGGCGUGGUUGGGCACGACGCGUGCGCGGCCGCGGUCGACCGCGCACUGCUGCGUAUGGGUGUGCCGAGCGUCGACCUCCUGCAGUACCAUGCCUGGCGGUACGACGACCCCAGCUACCUGACCAACCUGUACCACCUCGCCGAGCUGCAGCGGGCCGGUAAGAUUAAACAGCUGGGCGUGACCAACAUGGACCUCCUGCACCUCCGCAUGCUCCAUAGCUCGGGUUACGUCCUGGCCACGAACCAAGUGUCCAUGAGCGUCCUGGACCGCCGGGCCGAGACGGGCGGCCUCGCCGAAUGGUGUGCCGCCAACGACGUCGCCCUCCUCGCGUACGGUACCCUCCUGGGCGGAUUUAUCAGCGAGAAAUGGCUCGGCGUCGCGGAACCCAAGGACGAGCAGCUGUCCAACUGGAGUCUGAAAAAGUACAAGCGCUUCAUUGACAACUCUGUCGCGACCCGUCAUGUCCUCGACAUUCCGGGCGUGGCGAGCGUCAUCGUCGGGAGCCGUCUGGCCCCCAGCGAGAGCGACGGAUCCGCCUCCAUCUCCGCCUCCACCACGACCAAGACCCAGACCACCAACACAUACAUCGACGCCAACCUCGCCGCAUUCACGUUCACGCUUGACGAGGACGACCGUCGCGCCAUCAAGGACGCGCAGGGCGGCCUGAGCGACCUGCCAGGCGACUGUGGCGACGAGUACAGGUACCCGCCCUACCUCACGGCAUCGGGGGACCUGGGUGACCACCUCGCGGAGGCCGAUACCGCCGCCCAACGCGACAUGGCCGCGCAAGUGGAGCAAACAAUCCGCGAGGGCGGGCGUGUGGAGAAGUCGUCUGGGUCUCCGUGGGAACCCGUUGCGGGAUACUGCCGCGCCGUGCGGAUUGGCGACCACUUUGUCGUGGCGGGCACGACGACGCGCGCGCACCCGUCGGGCGUGGGUGUCCUUGGCGGCACGUCGGCCGCGGACCAGACCACCAACGUGUUUGACAUCAUCGCCAACGCGGUCCACAGCGUCGGCGCGUCCAUGGGCGACAUUACGCGCACGCGCGUCUUCCUCGUCAACGUCGACCAGUGGCGCGGCGUCGCCCACGUCCACGGUGCCACGAUGGCGCGCCACGGUAUCCGCCCGGCCAACACCAUGGUCGGCGGCAGCGCGCUCAUUGGGGAUGGGAUCCUGGUGGAAGUCGAGGCAGAGGGCGUCGUGGGGUCCAGCCGGGAGAUCCAUUUUGGAGCUAUCAAGCGAGUUGUCGAGCUCGAGAGGAAUUAG